CGCCGAGAGCAACCGUUCUCAGGAGGCCUCGGGGGCUCCAGAAAGUAACACUGGCCUCUGCCCCGAUGGCUGGAGGUUGUUGCCUGAGCGAGUAGGGGCUGGAGGGCAGAGCCCCACUGGGCCUGGCUUAGGAAGAAGUUCUGGGAUUGUUCAGCAUUUUUCCCAAACGUCCGCACUCGGAGGGCCAUGUGAGGACACUCUUGUUUCCCUGAGGAAGCGUGGGCUGUGCUCAGGGGCGCCUUCUGCCCUGGGCGGGGGGCUCAGCAGGGAACGUGGACUCACUGGGCUCCCAGGUUUGCUGGGGAGAGGUGGACAAUAAAAUAAACUUGUAAAAUGUAGAGUACGUGUGCCGUCGGGUGUAGAGCCCCGGAAGAGGGAAGGGGGGUGUCCGAUAAAAGGGAUGCCUCGUCUGAGAGAUGGUGGUCGGAUGACCCCGAGGAGUUGGGAGUGGCCGGUUGCCGUCGGGGGUGACAGUGCACCAGGCUGAGGGAAGAGCAGGAGCAGAGGCCCCGUGGCAGGAGCAGUCCUGGCAUGGAUGAGCAAACAGACUCUGUUUGCUGCGUGCGGGCGGGCCUGGCUGCCAGCAGUGUCCUUUGGUGUGAAUGACCUCUUGCAUAAACUGAACCAGCUUGAGAGCCAGAGGACUCAAACUUCUGAACCUAUGCUGCCUCUCCCCGACCCCCCAGUGCCAGGAACGGGAGGAGCUCCACGGCCAGUAACUGCUCAGCAGGGCGGCCGAGGUGAACCUCGACACCGUCUGCUCCGACCCGCGCGGUCCCCUGUGCCUUAGGCACUCUGGCCAGACCGGCUUUGGGGAGCGGGGUGCCUGCCGGAAGUGGCCGGAUGCCCUUGGGCAGGGGGGCCUUUCGAGAAGGAGCACUGGCCAUUGCAGGAAGCAGAGCACCUCCCCCAGGAGCCUCCCGCUCACGUCCGGGCAUCAGCUGGAGUUCGCAGGGAGCCCCUGCCGUUGAUCCGAGAGCCCAGCUUGCACAGGCUUGGAAUCAUGUGGCUGGAAAUUCUCCUCGCCUCAGUGCUGGCCUUUGUCGUCUACUGGUUUGUUUCCCGGGACAAGGAGGAAACACUGCCACUGGAAGAUGGGUGGUGGGGCCCCGGGGCGAGGCCCACGGCCCCAGAGGACGAGAGCAUCCGCCCUUUCAAGGUGGAGACGUCAGACGAGGAGAUCAAGGACUUACACCGCAGGAUCGACGGGACCCGUUUAACCCCACCUUUGGAGGACAGCCGCUUCCAUUAUGGCUUCAACUCCAACUACCUGAAGAAGAUCCUCUCCUACUGGCGGAAUGAAUUUGACUGGAGGAAGCAGGUGGAGAUGCUCAACAGGUACCCUCACUUCAAGACCAGGAUCGAAGGGCUGGACAUCCACUUCGUCCAUGUGAAGCCGCCCCAGCUGCCGCCCGGCCGCACCCCCAAGCCCCUGCUGAUGGUACACGGCUGGCCCGGCUCCUUCUACGAGUUUUAUAAGAUCAUCCCCCUCCUGACUGACCCCGCGAACCACGGCCUGAGCGAGGAGCACGUGUUCGAAGUCAUCUGCCCUUCCAUUCCUGGCUACGCCUUCUCGGAGGCAGCCUCCAAAAAGGGCUUGAAUUCAGUGGCCACCGCCAGGAUCUUUUACAAACUGAUGCUGCGGCUGGGCUUCCGGGAGUUCUACAUUCAGGGCGGGGACUGGGGGGCCCUGAUCUGCACCCACAUGGCCCAGAUGGUGCCCAGCCAUGUGAAAGGCCUGCACUUGAACAUGGCUUUCAUUUUAAAUGGCCGCAUCCUGACCCUCUUCCUGGUUCGGCAUUGCCCGAGGCUCUUCGGUUUCACCCAGAGGGACAUGGAGCUGAUGUUGCCCUUCAAGGAGAAGAUUUUCUACAAACCGCUGCGGGAGAGCGGCUACAUGCACAUCCAGAGCACCAAGCCCGACACCGUGGGCUGCGCUCUGAACGACUCUCCCGCGGGCCUGGCUGCCUACAUCCUGGAGAAGUUUUCGACCUGGACCGAUUCUGAGUUCCAAGAGCUGGAGGACGGGGGCCUGGAGAGAAAGUUCUCCCUGGACGACCUGCUGACCAACGUCAUGCUCUACUGGACAACUGGCACCAUCACCUCCUCCCAGCGCUUCUACAAGGAGAACAGGGGGCAGCUCUUCAAGCAGGAUCGGGUCAAGGUGUCGGUGCCCACCGGCCUGGCCGCCUUCCCGUGUGAGCUGAUGCACAUACCGGAGAGGUGGGUGAAGGGCAAGUACCCGAGGCUCGUGUCCUACUCCUACAUGCCCCGCGGGGGCCACUUUGCUGCCCUCGAGGAGCCGGAGCUGCUGGCCCGGGACAUCCGCAAGUUCGUGGGGCUGCUCGAGCUGCCCUGAUGCCGCGGGGGUGGCCCCCGGGCUGAGUCUCCCUCCCGUCAGUCAGCCGCCGCCUCCCAGUGCGGCCCCCCACCCCUUCCCUGCCCCCCCCCCCCGUCUUCUCUUGGCAAAGGUGUAUCCCACCCUCCGCCCCCUCCCCUGCCCGUCCUGAGCCCCGCGCGCGCUGCACGCACCCUCCCACAUGCAGGUGGUUGCCAAUAAAUGAUUUUAGUCCUCA